AUGAACUUGGUUGAUCAUCCUAAUGUCCUUAAAUCACACUGCUCGUUUGUCAGUGGCCAUAAUCUGUGGGUUGUCAUGCCGUUCAUGGCUGGGGGAUCUUGUCUUCACAUACUGAAGGCUGCAUAUCCUGAUGGUUUUGAAGAGCUAGUUAUCGCCACCAUUUUACGAGAAGUAUUGAAGGGUUUAGACUAUCUUCAUCAUCAUGGCCAUAUACAUAGAGAUGUAAAAAAAGAGGAUAAGGCCAAGAAGUAUACUUUUGGUGAAUUAAUGGAUGAGGAAGUUGUGACUCUUUAUGGGAUUUUAAGUUCUUGUGCCCAGACAGAGAUUUUGAGUUAUUUGGACCCUUGGUCCACCAAGAAUUUGUGCAAAUCCAUUGACUUUUACUCUUCUGUCUUCAAAGAUUUUGUCUCCAAAGCAUUUCUCUCUCCUAAUUCCAAGGCUCUUUGCCUUGAAACCCUAGUCAACGAGGAUGUACUUGCAUUAAGAGAGAUCGGCGUAAUCGACUCCUUCGGAAUCUCCAAGAGACUGUCUCUGCCGAUGAUCAUCUCUGGCAAGGCACAUCGCCAACCGUUCGAUGAUAACGUCUUCGAUUUCGAGUUUUCUGGUAUUGGCAUCCUAGACCACUAG